AUGUCUAAACGAAUAUUAUUAUCAGAAAAAUCAAAAAAAUGUCCAGUUAUAUGUUCAAAAAGUGUACUUAAUUUAAAAUCAAUGAUAAAUCAAAAUGUAACAUCUAAUAAUUAUUUUGAAAAACCCAAAAAAUGUAAAUAUUCAUUAUUACAACAAAAGAAUUAUGUGAACGGAAUUGAAAAGAAAAAACGAAAAAAUUUACAAUCAUAUUCAAAUCGAAAUGUUCUUAUAGAAUAUUUAACAAAGCCGGACAUGAAAAAAAUCUCAUAUCAACGAACAUGUUUAAGAAAACAUCAUAAACAUCAAGAUCUCAAACAAUCAAAUGUAAAAAAUACGAUAGAAAGUAAUCAAAAUCCAUCAGAACGUAUUCUAAUACGUCAAAAUUUAAUGGAUGAAAAUGAACAAAUAAAUAAUGAUAAAAAUAUGAAUGUUCAGCAAAAAGCUAUGCAUUCAAACGACGAAGAAUCGACGAUCAUUUCAUGGCUUCCAUUAUCCUCAUCAAUAUCUCAAUGUGAUUCAUCAACUUCUUUCUGUAAUGUAAAACCAUUAUUAUCAUUUCCUAUUCAAUCAUCAACUCAUAUUAAUGAUGAAUAUGUAACACGAGUACGUCAUAUUAUUGAAUCAUGGAAUGAUCAUGAAAAUGAAUUAAAAUCAAUACAAAAUAUCAAUUCUACAUCAACAAAUUCAUCUAAUAUUGAUGAUGAUAUCAAUGAUCAUAAACCAAAGUCAUCAAUAACAAGUUCUAAUCAAACUACCUCAAACAUUCAUAAUUAUUCAAAUAUUGAAUUGUCUACCAAUCAUAAAUUAAUAGACAAUGAAAUCUAUCCUUGUGAAUUAAAAUCGUUAAUUAAUAAUUCUCCUAUUCAUCAACAAUAUCCUCAAUUUAAAUCUGCACAUCAUCAUGUAGGAGAAUCUCAAUCUUCCAUACCUUCAGAACUACUCGAUUGUUGUGAUUCUAAUCAACGAUCACAAUCAACAUCAAUUGAAAACAAUUCUGAUUAUUGGGAUAGUUUUCAUACUUCAGUAAUGUUACGUGAAACAAUGAUUAAUAUAUCAAAAAGAUUAAUAAAAACCAAAUCAUUACCAAUGGUUGAUACUCAUUGUCAUUUUGAUCUUAUAUUUGAUCGUCUUUAUAUUAAACAUAAUAAUUUUAAAAGAUAUUUUGAUGAUUAUAAAGAUUUAUAUCCAUCUGGUUUUUCAUUUGAAUUAGCUAUUCAAGUUUUUUGGCGACCAAGACAUUUAUAUGAAAAAAAUUGGAUAAAUUUGUAUUCAACAUAUUUAAAUGAUGAACGUAUUUAUGGUUCAUGUGGUAUUCAUCCACAUUGGAGUUCAGCAUGGAAUGAAACAUCUAUUGAAGAUAUUGAACGAUGUCUUAAACAUCCAAAAGUAGUUGCUAUUGGAGAAAUUGGAUUAGAUUUUGGACCUAAAAAUACAUGUAAUAUGGAUCAACAAUGUCGAGUAUUUGAAGAACAACUUAAAUUAGCUGUAAAAUGGUUAAAACCAAUUGUUAUACAUUCGAGAGAUGCUUAUCAAAAAACAUUUCAUAUAAUGAAACAAUAUCUUGAACCUCAUCACAAGAUUCAUUUACAUUGUUUUGUUGGAACAAUCGAUGAUGUUCAUCUCUUUACAUCUUAUUUUACUGAAAUUAAAUUUGGUUUUACUCCAAUUAUAUCUCGUGGAAAUUCUCUUCAUACUGUUAUUCAACAACUCGAUCUAACACAAAUUUUAUCUGAAACUGAUUCACCUUAUUUUGUACCUGAAGAACUUUCCAGUCUUUUACGUUGUGCUCAUCCAAGUAUGGUCUAUAGUGUUGUUGAAACUGUAGCACAAAUUCGACAAUUAUCUAUUGAUGAUGUUGCUUGUCAAUUAAGAGAAAAUGCUCAUCAUAUUUAUGGUGUUUAA